CACCCUCUAUAAAUAGUACUCUAAAACGAACUAACUCUACUCACUAAACUGAAAAACACACACACUUGAUCUUCUCUAAAACCCUAAAAUUACAAGAUGGGUUUGGUUAGAUCAUUAUGCUUAUUCAUUACCUUCCUUAGCUGUCUAGUCAUCUCGGUCCAUGGCCAAGCUGCCACAAGGCCUGUUUCUGGCACGAGGGUCGGGUUUUACUCGACCACGUGUCCUACCGCCGAAACCAUUGUCCGAAACGCCGUGACAGCUGGUUUCAACGCUAACCCGGCAAUCGCACCAGGGAUACUAAGAAUGAUUUUCCACGACUGCUUCGUCCUAGGUUGUGACGGUUCUAUCCUUAUAUCGGGAGCUAACACCGAAAGAACCGCUGGUCCGAACCGCAACCUCCGUGGCUUUGAAGUCAUAGACAACGCCAAAACGCAGCUCGAAGCUGCUUGCCCUGGAGUCGUCUCUUGUGCUGAUAUUUUAGCUUUAGCCGCUCGUGACACCGUCGUCCUGACGAGAGGAAUUAGUUGGCAAGUACCAACCGGACGUAGAGAUGGUCGAGUUUCCGUGGCUUCGAACACUAACAAUCUUCCUGGUCCCGGUGACUCUCUCGCCCUUCAACAACAGAAAUUCUCCGCUUUGGGACUCAAUACCCGCGAACUCGUCGUCCUCGUCGGGGCACACACGAUCGGAACAGCGGGAUGCGGUACAUUCAGGAACAGGCUAUUCAAUGGCACCGGAGGCCCAGCGGAUCCAACAAUCGACCCGACAUUUUUGGCGCAGCUUCGGACACAAUGUCCCCAAAACGGCGAUGCCUCAGUACGCGUUGAUCUCGACACCGGAAGUGCAACCACUUUCGACACUUCCUACUUCAACAACCUAAGCCGUGGCCGUGGAGUCCUACAAUCCGAUCAGAUCCUUUGGACCGAUCCAGCCACCAGACCCAUUGUGCAACAGUUAAUGAGUCCCACAAGCACCUUCAACGCUGAGUUUGCGAGGGCUAUGGUCAGGAUGAGUAAUAUUGGCGUGCUUACGGGGGCUAAUGGGGAAAUUCGUAGAGUUUGCUCUGCGGUUAAUUAACCGAUUAAAAUCUGUGGUUAGCAUGAUGCUAAGCUUUCAUGGUUGGCUACUUGUUUCGAGUGUGAUUUUAGUUUCAAUAAUAAAUAAACCAAUAGAAAACCACAUAAGAAAAACUCAAAAGUGGGUUUAUGAAAAUUGUAUCUAAAAGGUUUUGUAUUCGGUUUCUUUUAGUUUUACUUGAUGGAUUAUGUCUUCAUAAAAACAAUAUAAUGAGGUAAUUUGGUCACAUUUUUGCUUCUUAUAUUUUAUAAUUUUCGCUAGCUGAGUGAAAAAUAUUGAAUAAAAAAUAAAAAAGAACUGAAACCAAAA